UCUUGAAAUUAAGUUAGGCCAGAAAAUCAAAAGAGCGACUCAUAGUCGGGUACAAUGAAAGGGUCUUACGAGCCACCAAAUGAGCUACCCUAUUAUUACGCCGACCUACAAAUAGCACAGUGUAUCCAGUAUGAUUCACAAAAUAGCGCACAACCUCCUCGAGAAUGGACCCCAUCCGAUUAUCCCGGGUAUCAUUCCGAUUGAUCUUCUCAAUGACCACUUUGGCAUCACCUUCAAACCUCAUCUCUGUAAAUCCCUGGCUUAGACUCCAGAGAAUAGCCUCUCGGAGAACAAGCAGUUAAGCAACCAUAGGAUCAUCAAUCUCCGGAAACUGCACCCUGACACGCCAAAACACAACACCAAUCUGCGACCAAGUAUAAUCGCAGACCGGGAAUGCAGUAACAGGCAAGUUAUAUUAUCAACCCGGGGUCUAGAUCUACUGCUUACUCAGUGAUUCUCUGUUAUCUAGCCAACUAAAGUAAGUGAUUGUUGUUUAAAAGCAAAAGCAGAAAGAAAACAAGAAAUUAUUCGGUUUUCUCAAGCAGGAAAGAGUCACUCGGGAAUGAAUCCCCCUAGCUCUUUAGUUAGGUUUCAAUUGUAUUUCCUUGGGUUGAUUUACUGUUGAUUAGACUGCAGAAGAUCCGACAGUAGCUUGGAAUCUCUUAAGCUGACCAAGCCCUCUCAGUCUAACUACCCGGCAGACGACUAGUCUUCACCGGGAUAGAAAGCUGAAGCAGUAAGAACAGAACUCCACUACUGGAAUUGGAUUCCAGUACAAAGCAGUAAACUGGCUAACUCUGUAUAGCCAAUCUCCUACUAUCGAAUGAUGAGACUCUAGCAACCUAAUCAGAUUCUAUCUAUCUCAAAUUGCAGCAGGAAUCAGGAAAAGUUGAUCAGACUUCAAUUGACUCAAUAAACAUGCAUCAUUCGAUUAAAAUCAAACAGUAAUAUCAUCCCAAGUCAUUACAAUCAAUCCCUAACACAUAGAACUAGGGUUCUUUAUCCCCAAGUGACAGAGGGGUUCUACUCCAUAGAAAGAGAGAGAGGAAAACAAGAUACAAAGUAGUCAUACUCAUAAAGAUGAGGAAAAUCUGCUCUGGGAUGAUGAUUUCCACUCCUAUGACGAUCUCCAAGCUUGAUUUGAUGAAACCCAGCUCCAAGAUGGCUUCUAGGAUGUGUUCUUCGUCCUUUCUCUCUCUAAAACUCUGUUUUUGCUCAAAAAGUCCGGUCUCUCUCUUGCAGCCCGAAAUUGGGUUAAAACCAUGAAAUCCCGACUCACACGGGCAGGGCCACACGGCCGUGUGGCAUACCCAGUUGCCCGUGUGAGUCAAAACACUGCGUUCCACUUAGUUCGAUACUCAGGCUUCUCACACGGCCAGAGUGGCACGGCCGUGUUUGAUUUCCAUCUGCCCGUGUCUGCUCUCGGCAAAAGUCACACGGCCAGACCACUUAUUCACACGGCCGUGUGGAUUAUCAGGGCAGGCCGUGUUUGCUCUCGCACAAUCUCACACGGCCAGAAAUAUGAGUUGCACGGCCGUGUGAUUUGUGGGUGUGCCCGUGUGGCCUCCUUUGUGACUUGCUUCGCGCCCGAUCUUCGUCCAAUCGACCCCAAACUCGCUCCCAAGCCUCCAUUCACGUACUAGGACCUGAAAUAUCACAAACAAGCACAACCUAGCGUGAAAUCGGCCUAAAACACGAGAAAUCACAUCUCACACGGUGUAAGAACAGGGGUAAAAACAUGUGUAAUUAACGGUCUAUCAAACUCCCCCACACUUAACUGUUAGCGUGUCCCCAAGCAAACCAAGUCAGACACAAGGUAAGCUCACAUAUUUCAAUCAAUUACCAUUGGGGACAAGUCAUAAAGGCACAGAACACGUGAAUCGUACUGUUUUUCAAACAUCAAUACAUGACCAACUUCAACAGCAACCUGGACAACCACCACAAAGGACAUUCGAGUGCAGCAAAAUCGAGUAAAGGAAGAGUCUCCCUCAUGUUCACCAACCAACCUAGACUUGACUCAACCACUUACUCAAAACAGUCAACUCAUGCAUCCAACUCACGACAUCAGAAUAGAGACCGAGCAAUCUAGGUCCUCACCGGGGUACAAGAGUAUAUAGAAUAUGAAAAAUGAAUCACUCACUCUCGACCAGUGGGGUCAGGACAAUUUGAUGCAAAAAAUGCGCAUGUUAUUUCUCUCAAUCCCUAUCAUCUCUUCACCAUGAUGGCUGCCUCUAACUGCUAGAGUUCACAUAUGGGGUGUCACCACUAACUAAUCAGGAGGUCUUAGACACAGGUUCAAAUGACUGGCUAGGGUCUUGGACAUGGGGAAAAAUCCUUUUAGGUGGUGGAAGUAUUCGUAGCACAAGGUUCCACAUUCCCAAACCCAAACAAUCACAGUCAAACAAACCGGUAUUCCCUUUCUGCUAUUCUGCAUUACUCAAUAUCUCAAGAGCACAAGAGCGAAGGAGGUAUAAAUGUCAGCAUUUCCA